AGUACCGAAAAAGUACAUGAAAAAAGUGAAUUUUGUUUUGGGUGCAGUGAGUUCCCAAAUUUCUUCCACAAAUUAAUGAACUUUUAAGAUCCAUCGCUGAAAAGUCUUGACAAUCAAUCCAAAGUAAACUCAUCCUCUAAAUUCAACCAACAACGAGAUAAUCUCCUCUCUCUGCGCGCGCACACACACACCAUUGCGCGAUUACAUGACCUCCGAUCUGAUCUGGCUGCAAUGAGGCGGCGCGAUUCAGUCGGCGGGGCGUGAUUGCGAUGCACUCGGGCGACAAUCCACCGACACUUCCGUUUCCACUAAGUCCAUUGCAGCUAUUGAAUGCCGGUGCCGGCGAUUUCGGGGAGGGAGGUUUCGAAUUGUCGCGGUAUUUGUUCCUAGGAUCGCUGCUCUUCUCGCGACAAGCAGGCGGCAUGGACUUGUCGAAAGUCGGGGAGAAGAUCUACAGCUCAGUUCGCUCCGCGCGCUCGAUUGGCCUCCUUCCUUCCACAUCCGAUCGUCCCGAGGUUCCAGUACGAGCAGCAGCAGCUGCAGCUGUGGCCCGUAUUCUUGCUGGACUACCUCCACAUCAAAGACAUAAUUUUUCAAUCUCCGAUGAACUGAGUUUCAUGUAUGGGAGUAGACCUCAAGGUCAAGCUGUAGAUGAGCUCGAGAAGGAAUUCUAUGAGGAGGAGUUUGAUCCUGUUAGACACAUUUUAGAGCAAAUCCCUUCCGAAGAAAAUGAACCAGCAUAUUUUGAGGAACAGGCCGCUCUUCGAUUAGCACAACUGGAUAAAAUUUCCGAGAGCUUGUCGCGCCAUGUAAUGGAACAUCAUGAACAAAUGGUAAAUGGGAUGAAUCUGGUCCGAGAGUUGGAGAAGGACUUGAAGAUUGCAAAUGUUAUCUGCAUGAAUGGGCGAAGACACCUUACCUCUUCAAGGAAUGAGGUAUCUAGAGAUCUAAUUGUUACAGAAAAUUCGAAGAAGAAGCAAGUGCUACUGGGCAUGCUUCCCAUCUUGUCUGAGCUUCGUCAUGCAGUGGACUUGCAAGUGGCUCUUGAUACUUGUCUUGAGGAAAGGAGUUUCUCUAAGGCUUUCCAAGUACUGCCAGAGUAUUUACAACUUUUAGAUAGUUUAUCAGACCUUUCGGCUGUGCAAGAGAUGAGCCUUGAUGUUGAGGUUUGGUUGGGGAAGACUCUUCAGAAUUUGGAUUCACUUCUAUUAGAAGUGUGCCAGGACUUCAAAGAGGAUGGCUAUCUCACUGUGAUUGAUGCAUAUGCUUUAAUUGGUGAUGUUCCUGGUCUAGCUGAAAAAAUACAGAGCUUCUUCAUGCAGGAGGUUCUCUCUGAAAGUCACUCAGUCUUGAAGACCAUUCUGCAAGAGGACGUUGAAAAUCCCAAUCCCCAAAUUACUAGGUUGACAUACAGUGAUUUGUGCACCCAAAUACCAGAGUCAAAGUUUAGGCAGUGUUUACAAGCAACACUAGCUGUUCUCUUUAAGCUGAUGUGCUCUUACUACAAAAUUACCAACUUCAAACUUGAAGAUAAAGUGUCAUCAUGCCAUAACCCAAGUGGUGAUGAACAAGGUAUGCUAUCUGGGGUCUCUGAGAGUACUGCCAAAAAAGUUUCUUCUACUUUUCUGGCAGGAGAAGGCUCAGUUACUGCAUCAACUGAGAGAGGAUCUCGUUUGUCAUCAGUGGAAGUAAGUUCGGCAUCUGUAACAGAUACUGAAGGUACCCAUGGCCCUAUACUCAACGAUCAUCCAACUGACGGGGGAAGAGAUGAUGGAAGUGAAGCAUCAAGUAGCGGGUCUCCAUGGUUCUUGCUGCGCAAAGAUGCUGUGACGUUUGUUUCACUUGCCUUACAAAGAGGAUGUAGGAACCUCUGGCAGCUUACCACAAGCCGUAUAUCAGUUUUGCUUUCAACUUCAGCAGCUUCUUCUACUUGCAUUCAUCAAUUCUUAAGAAACUAUGAAGAUCUAAGUAUAUUUGUUUUGGCUGGGGAAGCUUUUUGUGGGACUGAGGCUAUUGAGUUUCGCCAGAAGGUUAAAUCCAUUUGCGAAGGCUAUUUUGUUGCAUUCCAUCGUCAGAGUAUUUACGUAAGUCUAAAGAUGAUCCUGGAAAGGGAAACUUGGCAGAUUUUGCCACCAGACACAGUUCAUGUAGUUAGUUUUCCAGGACUGGUGGGUGAUGGAGCAGCUCUCCUUGUUUCAUCUGUCAGUUCUCCCCGUGCAAAAUUGCUACAUGACAGUAAAUCAUUUGGAGUCGCUAGUGGGUCAAAGAAGGGUGGAUUUUCAUAUUGGGUUGAAAAUGGCAAGCUGUUUUUUCCAAAAGUGAGUGGCAGGUCUGAGGAGCAUUCCAACUCCUUCCAGUCCAACGGAUCAGAACAUGCUACUAAGAUACCCAGGCAAACUAAAUCUUCCUCUGACGUUGACACAAACCAUGUUAAUGGGACUAUCCCAGAAGAAGAAAAUGAGGAUCUCCAUGCAGAUUUUAUUGACGAAGAUAGUCAGCUUCCGAGUCACAUUACCAUACCCAGUCAUUCAAGGCAUAGCUCGUUACAUUGGAACAAUGAGGAUUCGAUGGCACAAACAGGAUCCUCCCUUAGCGUCCUGAGAUCGAUGGACAAAUACGCACGGUUGAUGCAGAAGUUAGAGAUUGUCAAUGUUGAGUUUUAUAAGGGAAUUUGCCAAUUGUUUGAGAUCUUUUUCUACUUUGUGUUUGAGACAUUCUGUGAGCAUAAUACUCCGACUAUUGCUAAACGCACCAAUGGUUCUAUUCCUCACAAGUUAAAGACUGCAAUAGCAAGAAUUUCACAAGAGUGUGACCAGUGGAUAAAACAUCAACCAGUAUCAACAUCUUCAUCAUCCCCAGCAUCUUCAAAUCCAUCAUUCACACAUAUGGAUGUUACCCCUACUAGUCCUCCCAGUCACAUGAAUCAUUCGUCUUUCGGACUGAAGGAAAGAUGUGCUGGGGCUGACACUAUAUCUCUUGUUGCUCAAUUAUUGCAUAGAUCCAAAACACAUCUGCAGUCAAUGCUUCCAUGCAAAUAUGGAGCACUAGUGGAGGACUUCUAUUUUCACAUGGUUGAUGCUGUGCCUGAUCUUACUCAGCUCAUUCAUAGAACAACGGCAAAAUCGCUACUGCAUAUCAAUGGGUAUGCUGAUCGCAUUGCCAGUGCUAAAUGGGAGGUGAAAGAGCUUGGAAUGGAGCAUAAUGGGUAUGUUGAUUUAUUACUGGGUGAAUUUAAGCACUACAAAACAAGGAUUGCUCAUGGGGGUAUCCGGCAAGAGGUUCAAGACCUCCUCCUAGAAUAUGGAGUUGAAAAUGUUGCGGAAACUCUUAUCGAGGGCCUAUCUAGGGUGAAGAGGUGUACUGAUGAAGGACGGGCACUCAUGUCGCUGGAUCUUCAGGUUCUAAUAAAUGGCCUAAAACAUUUUGUCUCAAUCGAUGUAAAGCCAAAAUUGCAGAUAGUAGAAACUUUUAUCAAGGCAUACUACCUUCCAGAAACCGAAUAUGUCCACUGGUCGCGUGCUCAUCCGGAAUAUAGUAAAAGUCAAAUAGUGGGGCUUAUCAAUCUAGUGGCAACCAUGAAAGGUUGGAAAAGAAAAACCAGGUUGGAGAUCUUAGAGAAGAUAGAAUGAUGUAUUCCUUAAAAUGUUUUGCAGUCUUUUUCACGAAUUUUUGUAUUUAUAUAUAUGAUCCAGUUACUCGGAUUGAACACUACACAAUUUUUAUAGGAUCCAAUUGAGGUUGUAUAUGUGCCUAACAUGUAAUAUAUGUUCUGCCUUACCAAGGGUAAGGAUUGUAUAUUUGGAUAAAGUCUAGGGCUCCUCAGUUCAAGUCCAGUGUGCAUUCACGAGAAGAAAAAAGAAUUCAUUUUUUCCCUUUCCUUUUU